AGAGUUACAGAGUGAGCCCCUAAGGACCCCUAAUAAACCUACCCCCACGACCCUAUCUGAGACAGGCACGUGAUCGGUCCGUGAUAUACAGUGGCCACGCUCUCCUCUAUCAGAAUUGAAACUGGAAAAUACAGCUCCAUGACAAGAGAGACGAGAGGCAGACAGCUCCGCUCCUCCCCUUCACUCGGACGACAGCUCCUCAACUCCCAACUCCGACGGCCGACUCCCUCAGCUCCUCCGUUUCACUCCGACGUCCUUGACUCCGACGCCCGAUGCCCGACUCUCGACUCUCUCUCUCUUUCCAUCUCAUUCGACGGACGACUCCUCCCCUUCACCCCGACGACAGGUCCUCCUGACGCCCAACUCUGUCCUCCCGAGUCCCGACUCCCUCUAUUUCCAUCCCAUUGACGACGAGGUAAUCUGAUUUUUGCUGAAAGAGAAGAAAUCAUAGGCAUAGGGCAAAAUUCAAUUAUGUAAAAUCUGAGAUAUGUCUGGUUUAAGUGCUGAUGAUGCAAUUUCAAGCGUUGUGAUUGAAUCAUGCCGUCGCUUUUCACUAGCGGAGAUACAAUCAAUCACCGACAAUUUUAAUGAAGAAUUAGUUAUUGGGAGUGGCGGAUUUGGUAAGGUAUACAAGGGGUUCAUCGACAACGGUGCUACAGCUGUUGCCAUAAAGAGGUUGAAAGCAGAGUCCAAACAAGGCGCAGAGGAGUUCUGGACUGAGGUCAAGAUGUUGUCUAAGCUCCGACACACUCAUCUUGUUGCUCUGAUCGGCCAAUGCAGCGACUGCCAAGAAAUGAUCCUUGUUUACCAAUACAUGGCUCGUGGGACCCUGGCCGAUCAUCUCUAUAAAACAAGUAGAAACCAAACUGAAAGUAGUACUUUUCAUCUAACAUGGGAGCAAAGGCUUAACAUUUGCAUCGGUGCAGCAGAAGGGUUAGACUACCUUCAUACCGGUACCGAUCAGAGUUUCAUACACCGAGAUGUGAAGACGACAAAUAUUCUGUUGGAUGAAAAUUGGGUGGCAAAGAUUUCAGAUUUUGGGCUGUCCAAAGGCAAUACAAGCAAUUCAGCAACCCAUGUUAGCACAAAAGUCAAAGGUACAUUUGGGUAUUUUGAUCCAGUUUAUUUCUAUACCCAGAGAGUAACCAAGAAAUCUGAUGUGUAUGCCUUCGGUGUGGUGUUGUUGGAAGUUCUCUGCGGGAGGCCGCCGGUGAAUACAAGACUCGAGGAGGAGGACAUUAGUUUAAUCCUUUCGGCUAAACAACACAUCAAAAAAGGAAAGUUUGAUCGAAUAAUUGAUCCCUCAUUGAGUGGACAAAUAACACCACAGUGUCUAAAGUACUUUGUACAAGUUGCCUACAAUUGUUUACAUACUAGUCCAAAGAAAAGGCCUACAAUGGGUGAAGUGGUGAGGGCUCUUGAUCUUGCAUUGGUGUCACAACGUAAAAGAAGGUCGGAAGGAAUGAUUGGAAAGAUGUUUAAGGGUAUUGCAAUUGUGCCAAAAGGUAUGAAUCAGUGGUGGGGGAAGAGACAGGACAACGGUUCAAAGAGUGGACCGUCGAAGGAUUUGUUUUGGGAACCACUUUCGACUGGUGUUACCCGACCACUCCAUCAUUUUUCACUUGCCCAGAUUCGAGCGGCUACAAAUGAUUUCAAUGGGGGACUGUUGAUAAAAAAUGAUAGUUGUAAGAAGGUGUACAGAGGUUAUAUGGAUGGGGAAACUAGUAUUGUUAUGAUCAACAGGUUCAAUAACUCGUUCUCACUCUGUAAUUGGGAAGAGAUUAGGGCCAAUAUUGAGGUACACUCCUUGCUCAAGAAUCACCCCCACAUAGUCUCUUUGAUUGGAUUUUGCAAUGAGAAACCAGAGUUAAUUGGCGUGUAUGAUUACAUGGAGAACGGGUCCUUAGAAGAUCAUUUAUUUAUCACAAACAACGACUCACUUCUGUGGAAAGAACGACUCAAGAUUUGCCUUGGUGCAGCACGAGGACUACAACAUCUCCAUGAGAGUGCGGAGCAAAUAGUCAUCCACCAUGACAUAAAUCCAGCUAAUAUUCUGCUGGACAGGAAUUGGGUUGCAAAACUUUUUCAUUGCGGGUAUUCCAAAUCAUUGUACAAUAAAACAUUAGAUUAUCAGUAUAGUAUUGGAUAUAUGGCACCAGAGUACUCCAUGGAUGGAAACUUGACAGCAAAAUCUGAUGUAUAUUCAUUUGGUAUGGUAUUGCUGUCAGUAUUAUGUGCUAAGGAGCCAUAUGAUAAUGUGGAAGGCUGGGGUAUGUCAUUAGUACGUCGGUUCAUGAAUGGUAUCGAAACCGUUGAUCAAGUCAUUGAUCCAAAUCUGAUAGGGAAAAUAGCACCAAAAUGCUUGAAGGAAUUUGUUAAUAUUGCAUUAAGUUGUCUAAUUGAUCAGGCCAACUGGCGACCCUCAAUAGACAUUGUGGUAAGGAGCCUUCAAUCUGCAUUACUACUACAGGAGGCUUGGGAGAAUCAUUGUGAGAUUGGUGCUGAGUUACCUGUGAUUGACCUUUCUUGUUGUAGCGUUUUCUCUAUUGAUGGUUGCAUGACAAUUGGUGGGGUGAGCCCUUUUCCAUCAAAUAGUGAUGAUGAUCUUCCUUCAAAUCUUGACGGAGAAUCGAAUGGGUACCUGUCAGAUCCAGAUUUUGACAAAUUAAUUCGUUAAUUAAGAAGCUUUUGGAUUUGACCCUUUCAUACUACAUGUACGUCUUUGCAUUUUAUUUGUUUGGUGUCUUCUUCUUCUUCUUCUUC